AUGAGCGCGUCAAAGCCGCAAGAGCAGUUAACCCCGUUCGGUUAUGCGUUAGCGGGAGCCUUGGGCGGUGUGUUCAGCAAUGCUGUGGUGUAUCCUUUAGAUACAGUGAAGACACGUAUUCAAGCGGGCUCUACCGUAUCAACAAAGGGCAAGAAACACGAUGUCUCAAUCAUCUCGCUCCUUCUGCGCAUAUUGCGUGAAGAGGGCGUUUCAGCUUUCUACAAUGGCUUUGGAGCGAGCAUGCUAAAUACAUUCUCAACGCAAUACGCAUAUUUCCUCUUCUAUUCAUUCGUUAGAGGAUCAUAUCUCAAAAGGUUGAGUAGCAGGUUACCGAAGGGGUCGAAGGUCCCUACCAUUUCUACCGCGAUGGAACUAUUGCUGGGAGCCGUUGCCGGUGCUCUUGCUCAAAUAUUCACAAUCCCUGUCUCCGUUAUUGCGACAAGACAGCAAAUUGGUCGUCUCAUGCAACCAAACGACGGACCAGCCCCUUCGUCUCCGUCCAAAGUGUCUCCGUCCAAGCCCUCAUACAGUGAAGUGGCUGAUCCUCGUUCGUCUGCUUCUGCGCCCCCUGAUUCGACUUUCGACAACUCGUUCUUGACGGUCGGAAAAGAGAUUAUACGAACAGACGGUGUGACUGGCCUAUGGCUCGGACUUAAACCUUCGCUAGUUCUUACUGUCAACCCUGCGAUUACCUAUGGUGUAUUCGAGCGGAUUAAAAGUCUAAUGCUCGUAGCUAAGGAGAAGGCGGGCGGUCAACCCAGGUUAACGCCUUGGCAGAACUUCUUUGUCGGCGCUUUGAGCAAAACACUUGCGACGGUAGUAACCUAUCCAUAUAUAAUGGCUAAAGUAAAGAUUCAAGCUGGGACACAAAACGCGGACGCGGAGCUUCCCUCACCAGGUUCUGCUUUCGCCAAAAAGCCUAAGAAUGAUGGUGCCAUUACUCUCUUGACACGCAUUGUGAAGGAGCGAGGAUUGAUUGGCUGGUAUCAGGGAAUGAGCGCGCAGAUAAUCAAAGCCGUGCUCUCGCAGGCUUUGCUUUUCAUGUCGAAGGACCAGUUUGAGCAGUAUGCUCUUAUGAUUUUGAUUGCACAGAGAAAAUUCGCAAGUUCAUAGAUAUUAUGAGUUUAUGAAUGCUUUAGAACAUGUACCACAUACACGAUAGCGAUAGAUUAGUGACAUUCAACAUGUCUUGGAACAGUUCUUGUGCAUGUUUUGGGAUUUUCCUGGCAUACAUUGCCGC